AUACGGCUCACAAGUGGUCACUUCGGCAUGUUCGCGACCAGGGCCCGGUAAAGAUCUUAAGUAAAAUUAUGUACAGCGCUGCGUACCGGUAGCUAGCGCCCUGCAUUGUAAUCUGUGCAUUGAAGUUCAUCUAGGCCCUAGACACAUUCUGCACGUGUUGUAGCUUCUUGACAUAAAAUCCCGCCUUCAAGAAAAACAUCACAAGUAUGAAUGUCAUCCCGAGAUGUCUGCACACUGUACGAAGACUGUCCGGGUUAUGUCCGGCUGUAGUCCUGUCUGCUUCAGCUCAUCGUCCUGUCAGGUUUUUCCCUGCACGGUGCCACAGCUGGAAGCUUACAUGUAGAAGCAUCCCUAAGCCCAGGCCUACUCAUCCCACUGGAGUGAGGUGUAUGUCUUCCACUGUACAAAUCCCAUCAGAUUUGCUCUUCCGACAGCUCUUUGACUACCAGUCCUACACCUACACGUACCUGCUAGCAGACCGACAGACCAAGGAGGCCAUCUUAAUUGAUCCUGUCCUGGAGCUGGUCAACCGAGAUGCUCACCUCCUAGAGGACCUGCAGCUGAGUCUCAAAUUUGCAGUGAACACUCACUGCCAUGCGGACCACAUCACAGGCACUGGUGAGUUGAAGAAACGUUUCCCGGGUUGCAGGAGUGUCAUAAGUGAGCAGAGUGGUGCCAAGGCUGAUGUUUACAUCACUGAAGGGGACAAGGUGGCCUUUGGCAGUAAGGUGCUGGAAGUUCUGUCUACUCCAGGUCACACCAAUGGCUGCCUAACCUUUGUGUUACAUCACAACGAGAGGCCAGUCUUGGUAUUCACGGGAGAUGCUCUGCUCAUCAGGGGGUGUGGCAGAACUGACUUCCAAGAAGGUAGUAGUGCUACUUUAUACGAAUCAGUACACAGAAAGAUCCUGUCUAUGCCACUAGAUACACCUUUAUAUCCAGCACAUGAUUACACAGGCCAGACAUCGACGACUGUUGGUGAGGAGAAGAUGUACAAUGCCAGACUGACCAAAACCAAAGAGGAAUUCAUCGACAUCAUGGAGAAGCUGAAUCUGCCCUACCCCAAGGCAAUAGAUAAGUCUCUGCCUGCAAAUAUGGUCUGUGGAGUGUUGGAGGACUUGCCCAACAAGUAAGCUAUUGGAUGCAGAGGGUGUGGCUAGAUCUUGAUGGAGGGUAGCAACAGGAGGGACAAUAUGGUCUGUGGAGUGUUGGAGGACUUGCCCAACAAGUAAGCCACUGGAUACAAGAGGUGUGGCCAGAUCUUGAUGGAGGGUGGCGACCAGAGCGACAGUAUUCAGGGUGAAGGCAAUUGAGGAAAUGUGGGCUCUGCAUCCAUUCAAAUAGUUUCAAAUUCAAGAUGUAUGUGAAAAUCGUUGGUUUGGAGAACAUUAGUCUAGCUUUAGGUUGUAAAAUGUGUAGGGAGGAAAGUGGUUUGUGUAAACAAGCUACAAACUCUGCUCUGUCAAAUUGAGCAGUUCCAUUGUAUCUCAGCCUUCAGUCCCAAUCUCACUUGGAAACUACAUUUAAAUUGUGAGAAAUCCAGUGUCCUAAUUGAGAAUUCACCGUCCUUUUUGCUGAGGGUGUUAUACAGACCACAGGUAGUCUGAUAAAUGUACUGGUAUAUAUGAUCCAGCCUAACAAACGUAGACACAAGUUGGCAGAGCCACAUCAGAGUACAGCAUAAUUUUGCAUUGGGUAAAUCAAUAUGGAACCUCAGUGAUUAUUUUACAGCCAUAUGGUGUCCAUGCCCAUCAGGAUGUUGAAAGAACGAGCUUUUUCAGCUCUUUCUAAUGCAAGCUCAAACAAAAAUGGCCUUAUUAGACCCAUUUCAUGGGACACAUGAUCCAUUUAUCAUCAAUUCUUAACUGGAUACCAUCUACACAGGACUGGAACUAAAUAUGUGUCAUUUUUUACUGCAGGCGAGAUUUCGGAAAUGAGGGGAGAAGAUUGUUGAUGAAUUUGGGAAAACCACUGAUGCAGGAAAAUUCAUAGUUGAUCCUCAAGAGUCUGUAUGAGAUAAAUAUGAGAUGUGAAAGUUUUUAUGCAAAGUUGUAAACAUUUUUAUUCACUGUGUUUACGGAGAUAGGGAGAUCAUAAUUUUUUCGUAUUUUUUGGACACCUCAGUCCAAAUUCAUUUUAGAAACAUUAAUCCAGCGAAAAAUAUAGAAGAACAUACACAAAAACCAGUCAUCAGACAUCUGUGCAAGUUUUUAAUUCAUGAAUUACAUGUGUUUAUUCAGCUUACUUUACCAUUGAAACACGUGACUGCAAAAGUUAAGUGAGGUACACAUAUACCAGUAGUGUUGAUCACAAUCUUACACCUUAUUUAACCAAGAUGCUUUGCAAACAGCUUAUGAAACAAUGUGGAGCUUGGCAAUUUUCUUUUAGGAUUUUUUUUUUAUGUAAGUGUGGACCUUUAAGAUGGCAUGGAGCAACAUAUUGUUCUGCUGUAUAUGUUCAAAUAGACAUUUUAAACCACCAGUAGUGAUUCUUAGAAGGAGAUCAGCGAAAUGUGCUUUGAGGAAAGACCACUUGGUUUUAGAGCAAAUAUUGUAAUGCACAUGCUGUGAUACUAUGCACUUCAGUUUUCAUUGCCAAUUUCUAGGCUCCACCGUACGUUAUUUAAACACAUGGCAGUCCUGUCAUCCCUUGACAUGGGAACAGGGAGAGGUGCUUAGUCCUUCCAAAAGAGUCAUUUGUUAAAAACAUUGACAGGCCCGGAAAGGGGGGGGGUUAUUUCAUGUUUUAUUUCCUAAAGUGUAUGAAAAAAGAACCAACGUUUUCCUCAAUCCUCAGAAAGGCCAUUAAGGUAACAUAAAAAAUAUCAAAUCUUCCUCCUCCCCCAGACAGCAUUUGCCGCCCCCCAAAAAGUUUGGAUCUUGGUGGUGCCUUCAAAGACAACCAAAAUCGGAAAUCAGUGCACUUAAAGUUUGUUAUGCACAUGCAAUUAUUUUCGAAUUGCAGUGAAAUGAACGUGACAUAAUAAUAAAUUAUUCCUCGCGCUGAAUACAGGUCUUUUUUUUUUUUUUUUAGUGUUUGGAUUGGAAUUCAUUACAUAAACAGCUUGAAUUCAAAAAUUCCUGAAUUGUACAAUACAUUUUGUAAAAUGUGAUGCCUAAGUAUCAUUUAUUUUUUAUCAAGUUUUAAUAGACGCAGAGAUAAAUCAAGUUUUUCAAAUAGACAGAACA